AUCUUGUGGGCUCUGAGGAGAGAACUCAGAGGCCUGGCGGCAAGCACCUGUAUUUGUGGAGCCAUCUAUGGCUGGCCAGCAGGUAUUUUUCACACUACAUACCACACAACAAUGGGAACUGGCCUCUCCCAUUCUCCCUGACUACCUGGGUGGCAGGAAUCCAAAUCCCUGGGUCUACAGACUGAGUUCUUCCUAUCAGGAGCCAAUGUCCUUUAGGCCAUCCAGCCUUACUUCAAGGACCUCCCAGUCUACGGAGGUGGGCAGGUGGCAAAGUAUGAGAUAAAGUCAAAACAAACACUAUUAACACUGUUUGGCUCCAGAAAAUUGUGCUGGGAAUGAGGAAUAUCUGGGAACCUUCAGAACAUUUAAAAUUUCAUUAUUUUAGAGAAGGGGGAAAGAACAUGGAGGAAAAAAAGUCUGUUUUAGAAGCGUUCAUUGAACACAGUAGUAACAGUCUGUUCAAAACCUUAAAUAGGCAAAUUGACUUGGAACAAGAAAACAAACCAUCAAACAACUUAAAUUAAGGGCUCUUAUCAGUUAAAAGAUAAGGAGCACCAAAGCCACAAGAGAAGCUGCAGUAAUAAAGGAGACUGUUGAGUGACCGAGGACAGGGGUAGUAGCAAAUGAUUCGCAGAUGGAUGUAAGCUGGAGAAGGCACUAAAGCAAAGCCAGUCAGCAGAAUUGUUACUUCAUAUGGUUAAAACUCGUUAUUGCCAGUGUGCGUGUGUGCGUGUGUGUAUAACUCACAUGGUGUGUGUGUGGAAGUCAAAGGACAACUUGUGGUGGGAGUUGGUUCUCUCCUCAGCACAGGAUCCUGGGGAUCAAACUCAGGUUGUCAGGCUUGAUGGCGGGUGCUUUGUCCUUUACCAACUGAGUGAGACAUCUUGCUGGUUGUAAAUGGAAUUCUUACAUAGGAGGGGCUCAGAAACAUCUAUUUAAUUGGGGACAGGUAUGCAAGGGGUUCUGAUGUUCCCCUUUACCUAAAAAGCACAAUUUAAGAUUUAGUUCAUAUUAUAGAUAAAUUAAAGCAGUUUUCUAAGCUUACUUUUAUUUAUGUGUCCUGUAAAAUGAAGGAAAGGUUAACUGUCCAUAAAAAAGAGUGGAGAGGGGGAGGUGUGAAGAGAGGUGACAGAUAUCCCCUCCAGGGCUCUGGCCAUGGUAGUUCAGACAGCACCUCUCCAGGAAAUGGACAAGUGUAAGCUCUUAUCCUACACUGGAUUAAAGGCAAGUGUUUGUGCCAGGUGUGAUGCAGCCUGUAAUCCUGAAACUCCAUUGUUAGACACCUACUAUCACACACAGAACAAUCAGAUCAACAUAAUUACAGUUUGGGUUAGCAUAUGAAAAGAGACAUUUAGACAGUUGUGGUUACUUUAAAGCACCACUGGGACCUCAGGAAAACUUUCAUGUCAUGUUUUAGGAACUAAAGUGGGUUUUUAUUAAAAAUUCAGCUUGACAGGACUGACAGAUGGCUUAGAGAGUGAAGGCCUUUGCAAGCCGGGCAACCUGAGUUUGAUCACUGGGAUUCAAGUAAAGGUUAGUGACCUUCAUAGACACACCACACAUACAUACCCACAUUCAUGGUAGCAUGUACACAGAUGCUAAUAAUAAUUUAUUCUUGAGAUAGGGUCUUUCUUGGUAGUUUUUGCUUGCCUUAUCUCCUGAGUGCUGGGAUUAAAAGUGUGUGCCGCACAGCCUGGCAAUAAUAAUAAUUUCAAACCUUAGCUAGGAAGCUGGACCUGUGACUCACACUUAUAAUUGAAGAGCUUUAAAAAAAAGUCACAGAUGAACUGAGAAACUCAGGACAGAAAUGUUGACAAGCUGAUAAGAAGAUCACCACACUAACCUCCUUCUGUUUUUACACUUUUGAGACAAUUUAAGUGGAACAGAUCUGCAUAUGGAAACUUCCACCCCAGAAGUUCCCUUUGAAACUGCCAAAGCCCUCAUCUCCACUGGACAUACUACUGGCCUUCAUUGUUCUAACUAAAGGACAAUCUGCUUCUGUUGAGUUCAAUCUUUCUUAGUUUCAGGUCAUCCCAAUCUAACAAUAAUGCCUGAACUCCCAAGUCAGAUGGAUCCCUGUGAGUUACACAGCUUUCUCAUCUUGAAAAAAUAAAAACUAAAAACAAAGACCAAUCAAUCAUCCUGGACUGGCAGGUGCACAGGUCUAUAAUCCCAGCACCUGGAGGUGGUUCAAAUCAUCUGGGCUACAUGGCAAAGGCAGGUCUCAAAAACAAAAAUCAGUUUGACUUUUAAGCUUUUGAAGUGUUAAAAAAAUGUGUGUGUGUGUGUGUGUGUGUUAAUAUAUACACACAUUAAUACUUCUUUUUUUUUUUUUUUUGGUUCUUUUUUUUUUUCCAGCUGGGGACCGAACCCAGGGCCUUGUGCUUCCUAGGUAAGCGCUCUACCACUGAGCUAAAUCCCCAGCCCCACAUUAAUACUUCUUUAAAUACAAUAAUGACAAUAGAAAAGUUAUAAACAGCUAUUAUCCAGAUAAUGUGAAUCUACAUUAAAAAACAUCAAGUUUUCUUCAGAUAAUCUCGGUUCCCCAAAAGUGGAUUCUAAUUUCCUAGUGAAAAAGAAUAUUACUUUUCUGUGUUUCAGACUGGCCUCAGCAAUUCCCACUACAGCAAAGAAUGCUAGAAACCAAAAGCUCCAAAAUAACAAGGAGAAAUGAUAGAUCAUAGCAUACAAAAUAGGAACACACUUGUAUGUAAAGAGAUUAAGUUACGGUUGAUAAGGUUGUGGAAAUUAUUUUUCCUGGAAAUUAUGAGACAGGACCAUUACACAGCAAAGGGGUUUUGAAGUUCUGAUCCUCCUGCCUCAGUUUCCAGACUGUUGGAAUCAAGGUGUGUGCGCCAGCGCACACCUUUUAGGUUUUGUUUGUUUUUUUCUCCUGGGACCAAUCAGUUUGGUCAGCUCAUUCUCACGUGUUAGCGAACAAACAUAAACACUACGGUUGCAGGGUGGGCAUUCGGGCUUGUGGCAGGACCAAUUGCCACGGAUGAGUUCGGUCGUGAGGGACUCAGUCAGGACUGGAAAGGCCACCUCAGAGGACACUCCUAUAGCCAGUGUCCUUGUCCAGCAGCUCAUUAUCUGAGUCCCACACCCCGCGGGGACCAGAGCUCGGUCACUGCUUCCGACUCAGACCGCGACUUUGGAACGUGACUGGACACAGCCACGCCCAGAACGCCAAGGGGUCGGGCUUCAGAACGUGGGGUUGGGCCAGGCUUCUAGCCGUCCCCAAAGGCAGCACAGUGCCCGGAUGCUUCUGAACCGGGAGACCGGGAGGCUGACCCACGCCCAGCACAGGGCGGUAGACGUGCUCCCUACGCCCCUCCUCGUCGGGCGGCUCCCGGCAGGCUCCGGUCCACUUCACAUAGAUUCUGGGCGGGCUUCUGUGCAAUCGAGGCCCACUCAUUGGCCGUCCACGCCACGACCCGCCCAGGACUGGCGGCGCGCCUAGGCCGUGGGGCGGAGCCAGCGAGUUCCCGCCAAAAUCGCGUAGCCGGUUCCAUCCCCGUGGGCUACGUCGCGCCCUCCCUGUUUUUUCAAACCGGGGCUGGGCGGGGAUUGGUGGGCUGGGCCCUCACGUGGUUAACGGUCGCGGGAAGCCGCGGAACGCGAACUUGCGGCCGAACUUGAGACCUUCACCAGCAGUGGACCGGUCAGUCUCCGCUGGACAUAAUCGCGCCGCAGUCGUCGCCGUCGCGGCGUCGGGAGCUUGGCAGGCCUCGGAGUCGCCGCCGCUGACCCGGCGCAGGCCCGCUGCAGCCUCAGCCGGGCGCGCCGGAUCGCACGUGGCGGACCCGCCCCCUGUGCCAGCCGCGACCUGGACGCCGCCGGCCUGUGCUCGCCGGUCCUCUGCUCUCCGGUGCUCCGCCGUGACUGCAGCCGGGAAAUGAGCUUCCUGAGCCGACAGCAGCCGCCGCCCACCCGCCGCGCCGCAGCCGCCUGCAGUUUGCGGCAGAAGCUCAUCUUCUCACCCGGCAGCGAUUGUGAGGAGGAAGAGGAGGAGGAGGAGGAAGGCAGCGGCCACAGUACGGGGGAGGACUCGGCCUUCCAGGAGCCUGAUUCGCCGCUGCCCUCUGCACGCAGCCCUGCCGAGGCCGAGGCCGAGCGCCGCCGCCGCUCGCCCGGCGCGGAGCCCAGCAGCCCGGGAGAGCUGGAGGAGGACUUGCUGCUGCGGGGCGGCGGCGGGGGCGCGCAAGCGGCGGGCGGAGGAGCCGAGGGCGACUCUUGGGAGGAGGAGGGUUUCGGCUCUUCGUCGCCCGUCAAGUCACCUACGACUGCCUACUUUCUGGGCAGCUCGUUCUCGCCGGUGCGCUGCGGCGGCCCUGGGGAUGCCUCCCCGCGGGGCUGCGGGGUCCCGCGAGCCAUGGACGACCCCUGUUCUCCGCAGCCCGACUACCCGAGCACCCCUCCGCACAAGACCUUCCGCAAGUUGCGCCUGUUCGACACGCCGCACACUCCCAAGAGUUUGCUUUCCAAAGCUCGAGUUAUUGAUUCCAGCUCUGUUAAACUCCGGGGUAGUUCUCUAUUCAUGGACACUGAAAAAUCAGGAAAAAGAGAAUUCGACACACGGCAAACUCCUCAAGUGAAUAUUAACCCCUUUACUCCGGAUCCUGUAAUGCUUCAUUCCUCAGGACAGUGUCGUGGGAGAAAGAGAGCAUAUUUUAAUGAUUCCUCUGAAGACAUGGAAGCCAGUGAUUAUGAGUUUGAAGAUGAAACAAGACCUGCCAAAAGAAUUACAAUUACUGAAAGCAAUAUGAAGUCACGAUAUACAACUGAAUUUCAUGAGCUGGAGAAAAUUGGUUCUGGAGAAUUUGGUUCUGUGUUUAAAUGUGUGAAGAGGCUAGAUGGAUGCAUUUAUGCCAUUAAACGAUCAAAAAAGCCAUUGGCUGGCUCUGUUGAUGAACAGAAUGCUUUGAGAGAAGUGUAUGCUCAUGCUGUGCUUGGACAGCAUCCCCAUGUGGUUCGUUAUUUCUCUGCCUGGGCAGAAGAUGACCAUAUGCUUAUACAGAAUGAAUACUGUAAUGGUGGGAGUUUAGCUGACGCUGUAAGUGAGAACUACAGAGUCAUGAGCUACUUUACUGAAGCAGAGCUGAAGGAUCUCCUUUUGCAAGUUGGCAGGGGCUUGAGAUACAUACAUUCAAUGUCUUUGGUUCACAUGGAUAUAAAACCUAGUAAUAUUUUUAUAUCUCGAACCUCAAUCCCAAAUGCAGUCUCUGAAGAAGGAGAUGAAGAUGACUGGAUAUCCAACAAAGUUAUGUUUAAAAUAGGUGAUCUUGGGCAUGUAACAAGAAUCUCUAGUCCACAAGUUGAAGAAGGUGAUAGUCGUUUUCUAGCAAAUGAAGUUUUACAAGAGAACUAUAGCCAUCUACCGAAAGCAGAUAUUUUUGCUCUUGCUCUCACAGUCGUAUGUGCUGCUGGUGCUGAACCCCUUCCCAGAAAUGGAGACCAGUGGCAUGAAAUCCGACAGGGUCGAUUACCUCGGAUUCCACAAGUGCUUUCCCAGGAGUUGACAGAGUUGCUAAAAGUUAUGAUUCAUCCUGAUCCAGAGAGAAGACCUUCAGCAAUGGUGCUGGUGAAGCAUUCAGUGUUGCUGUCUGCCUCUAGAAAGAGCGCAGAGCAGUUACGAAUAGAAUUGAAUGCUGAAAAAUUCAAAAAUUCUCUUUUGCAGAAAGAACUCAAGAAAGCCCAAAUGGCAGCCAAAGUUGCAGCUGAGGAACGGGCACUCCUCACAGAUCGGAUGGCCACUAGAUCUACCACCCAGAGUAAUAGAACUUCUCGACUUAUUGGAAAGAAAAUGAACCGCUCUGUCAGCCUUACUAUAUACUGAACUGCUUACAUUCCCCAGCCCUUCCCCCUCAAAGGACAAAAAAAACUGUGACAAGAGGAAGCUAGGUUGAAAUCACUGCUAGAAUCCACUUUGCAAUUACUUUGCCAUUGGUGUCAGUAGUUUUCCUAAAAUGCCUUUUGUGACUUUGUGAAUUACAGUUGAGAGCUGUAUUCUGACUUGGCUCUGUCAGGCUUUUGUCUCAUCUUCCCGUCUGUUUCAUGUAGGAUGUCAGUCACUGUUGGAUGUUCCACCACCCUUUGCGGGGUGAGCCACUGUGGUGGUGUGCUGCUUCUCAUUCACUGUUGCCGUGUGAUGAAAGGUGUCUUUCCUUGUUUUGACUGUGGAAAGGACUCGAGGGCUUUACUGCGAUCAUCCUCUCCCUUCAAAAAGGGAAAUGCUCAGAGACUCAGUACUACUCAGCCUCCAAUGUACCUGUGUCAAUCUUAACGUUUCUUUUUUUCUAUUGUGAAUUAUACUUGUAUAUCCAACUGGGAGCACUUUAGGCAUCAUGUGCACCAUGGGAUGGUCAUUCUGUGGAAGCCUUGCCUUGUGAAUUUGCUGCUAUUUUAGUUUCCUCUUGCUGUAAAACUAGCAUUAAACAAUCAUUGUUGUUAAUAGGCUUUCUUUCAAAACAAUUAUGUGAAAUAUGUAGCUGCUCUUCAUGAAAAGCAGCUUUGCCUCCUUUUCUUUGGACUUUGAAGCUAGUGCAUUGAAAAAGUGCACCUACCCCUUCCCUGUUCGAAUGCUGUAUUAAUGUAGUAUAAUUAUUACUGGUUUUGUAAAUUUUUCUUAUAAUGUCCUCUGACUUUAAAACAUGUUUCCUUCCUCCUGUCAAGUCUUGUACUUGGUUGUAUGGUUAGCCUAUUUUUAAAUGUUUUGCCCAGUUUCUCUUCAAUAUUUGUGUAUAUAAACUGAUCUUGGUAAUACUGUACAUAGCUGUUUAAUAUACCAGAAUGACUUCUGACUAUUCAAGUUUUUCACAAAAUACAUUUUACCUGUGAUUAGCCAUUUGACUAACAGUGUUUGGCUAGUAGAUGUUGCCCUCCAAAAGUAGGGGGAAAUGUCUCAUUUGUUUUUCUAUUAACUUUGGUCUGAAACACAUUUGCACUUGUCUGUUUGACUUGUGUCUUAUUAACAUUAUCUGGCGUAUUAAAAGUCAUUCUGUGCUUACCUUAAUUGUCUAAAUCUUCACGGUGCCUGUUUUCUACUUUGUAUCCCCUCACUGCUCAUUACAGAAUGUGGAUAAAUAUAUAUGACUUGCUGAGA